AGUCAGUGGCGCACUUGGAAAAGAGAUUCCCGGAAGAUGGUUCCUCUGCCAUCAUUCCGAGUUCAAGUCCAAUCACACCACCACCAACCACCCAAAUCUUAGCGAAUUACACGCGAUUCCGCGUACCCUCCCCCUUCCCCUCCCAUCGCCGACGUCCGCCCGCAUCCCUGUUUUUUCCCCCCCCUUACCUUCCCCUUUUUUUUCAACGGUCCCGCUACGGGUUUGACUGCCGCUGCCUCCAAUCUCCGACUCCGACGUUCUCUUCUCCCGGAAUCCCUCCUUCCCUCUCUCUCUCUCUCUCUCUCUCUCUUUCUCUCUUCUCUUCAAACCCUUCUACUCCGAUCGAUAGGUCGCCAUGAAACCCUCGAAGAAGCAGAGCAAGAAGAAGCGGACGACCUCUUCCGCCUCUUGCCUUAUACCCUCGGCGCCUGGAGGUGGAGAUGAUCCCCAAAUCAAAAAGGAAGAGAAGGGAGAGGGGGAGGAUGAGGAAAGAAAAGCCGUAGAUUGGUUGAUCGAUACUUUUGUUUCGGUUUCUCUCGACCAGGUCAAGUCGACGUUCCGGGAGGCCGGCGGGGAUCCCUUUAAGGCGGCUGGGAUCCUGGGGGCUCAGCUCGAGGACCCCGGCGAGAGCUCCGCGGCGAGCCCGGUCGCCAGUGGCGCAAAGAUGGGUCUCGGGGGGAGGCGGAAGCAGAAGAGGGUUGCCACCGCGACGGGCAUGGUUUCGGAUGUGAUUGGGAAGGAAUACUCGAAGCCUUCGGCGUUUUGUGGCGGAGGGAGGAGGAGAAGCGAUGGGUCCCUAGAGGGAAAAGGGGCCGUGAUGCGGCUUCAUAGUGCUGAAGAGGCCGAGGAGUUUCUGUAUUCCAUGCUUGGAGAAAGCUCUGAGCUUGGCAUGGGUGUCGUUGAAGAUGUGCUAGGUCAAUUUGGAUGCGAUGUUGAAAAGGCCCUGGAUGCCCUUCUUGAUAUAUCAGCUUCCUCCUAUAACCAGGAAAGGAGUUGUGAUACUUAUUCAAAAGCCUGCAUGAAUUAUUUAGGUAUCUACACUGAAUUAUCCAGCAAAAACCAUUCAGAGAAAAAUAGAAGUUCAUUCCAGUCAACAGAUAAGACACCAGAGUCGACAUACCAUCCAUCUGAAAAAGAACAUAACUUCCUACAGUAUGUAGGAUAUGAUUGCAGGGACUACAAAAAGGUUUGUGCGGGAUCUGAGGUAGUACCACCUUCCAGAUUGGAAAGAACGACACCAGAUCUCCAACAAAAGGUUUUGGAGUCUUUGUUUAAUACCCCUGAUCAUCCCAAAUGCAAACCAAUUCUUAUGAACUGGAAAAAGGUAGUAGAAAAAGUGGAAUCGUUUGGGCAAGGGUUGGAGUUUUGUUCUCCCAGUGUUACUGGCACACAACAGAAUGUUAAAAAUGGUAAAGAAGAUACUUAUCAGUUAUUCCAAAGUGUUGCAGGGAAGCAUUGGGACACGAUGAAAGCCUACUAUCAGCAAGCUGCCAUAGCAUAUUCAAGAGGAGAACGAGGUCAUGCAUCCCAUCUUUCAGAGAAGGGGAAAUUUUACCGUAAUUUGGCCCGUGAGGCAGAUGAGAAAGCCGGUCGGGAGAUUUUUGAAGCCAGAAAUAGAGAUAUAAAGAACAUCGUCACUAUUGAUUUACAUGGGCAACAUGUCAAACAAGCAAGUAGACUUUUGAAGCUCCACCUCUUAUUAUUUGUGUAUAUUCCCUCUGUCCAUUUUCUCAAAGUUAUCACCGGACGUGGUGCCGAUGGUGUUGGAAAUGGAAAGGGAAAAUUGAAACGAAUGGUACUUGGUCUUGCGGAGAAGGAAGGUAUUAAAUGGAGAGAAGAGAAUGCAGGAGCCAUAGUCCUGCAUCUAGACGGGCUGAAGGAGUACAGUUUCAUGGAUUGUGAUGCUGAUGAUUUUGAGUAAAUUCAACUUCAGUAUCACGUUAAAUGGUGUAAAAUAGUGGUUAAGUGGGAACUUGGCCGCUGACUUGAUCUGUAAGUUUCUGUCGGACCCAGGGUGGAACUUGAUGGUUAUGGUAAUGUUGUAAAUUAAGACCUUGGCACAACUUCAAGCAAAAUAUUCAGGGCCGGGCAAGAUGAACCCCAGAAUCAUGCUCCCAUGCAAUAUGCUCACUUGAGCAGCAUAAUUUGUAAGUGUAGUAUCACUAAUGAUUAUGAUUCGCUGGUUGAGUGGUGUCAGCUUUCAACAUUG